AUGGCCCACCCGGGCCAGCCCAUGCCGACGCUCGACUCGCCGGAGAUGCUGCUGCUGCGCAGCGAGUGCGCCACCGACGACGCGCCCUGGCUGCCGAGCGACGUCUGGCUGCCGCAGGCGAAGCGCGGCGCCUGGGGCGGCGGCGCCGGCACGGGCGCGGCCAUCGAGCCCGUCUUCAACGCGGGCCGCCUGCCGUUCUGCUGCGUCGUCUGCAAGCGCGGCGGCCUCACGGGCACGAAGCUCAUCCAGUGCGGCCGGUGCAAGGUCGCGCGCUACUGCUGCAAAGCGCACGCCAGGGCGCACUGGCCCGCGCACAAGCACUGCUGCGCCGCGCUCGCGGGGCUCGCCAAGCCCGCGGCGGAGGCCGACUGGCGCGCGUCGCUCGUCGCCGCGCGGCUCGCGCUGCGCCGCCUGCCCGAGGGCGACGACGCGCUGCAGAGCUGGCUGCACCAGCCGCGCUGCGCCGUCUGCGGCGACGCGGCGAGCCCCCUGAAGCGGUGCCAGCGGUGCCACGGCGCCGCGUUCUGCGACCGCCACCGCGACGCGGCGCACGAGCGAGCGUCCUGCGACGCCGCCAUGCUCGAGAUCGCGUGCUUCGGCAUGAUCUCGGACAUGGGCGCGCCGUUGACGAUCGCGUCGCGGUCGCCCGCGCGAGCGCCGCUGCCCGGCGGCUGGAAGGCCUACUUCGACAUGAAGAUCUGGGACUUCGAGGUGCCGGCCUACAUCCUGAGCAUGGGCCCGCCGGCGGCCAUGCUCACGGAGGGCCUGUCGCUGCCGCUGCUCGUCGUCCGCUUCCUCGAGCGGAGGGACGUCCCGGCGUCGCUCGUCGUCCACGUCGUCGGCGCGGCGGCGCCGGAGCUCGUGGGCCUGCACCGCCUCCGGGAGAUCUUCGCCUGGCUCCCCCGCGUCGACGAGCUCCGCGUCCAGUUCGUCGGCCCGGACCUCGCGCGCGACCGGGCCGAGGCGCGCGCGCCCGACGAGCGCGACGGCGGGUCUGUGAAGCCCGUCUUCUUCAGCGAGACGCGGGCCUACUACCACGACGCGCGGCGCCGCCUCCGAACGCCGACGAUCGUCCUCGCGCAGCACGGCGGCCUCCACGACCCGCUCUUCGCCGCGGCGUGGGCGCCGACGCUCGACCUGCUCCUCGACGAGGGCGCGCCGUGCGUCUUCACGGGCUACAACGAGGCCGAGGGCGCCGCGGACGCCGCCGUGCUCCGGGAGCGCGGCGCGAAGUUCGUCGCGGACGCCCACCUGAACCCGUUCCGCGGGCUGCGGCCCUACAGCGAGGUGGCGGGGUGCGCCGCGGAGUUCUACCACGUCAACGCCUACGCGUGCUGCGUCGAGGGCCGCGCGCAAUAA